AUGAGGACUUGUCCAAAACAGAGGAUGCGGGAGCACAGGAGUUUUCUGCCACCCUUCCCUUCAGAUGAAACUUCUGAUGUGAAGAACUCGCCUUCCCAGGUGCCUCUGUACAACAGGUAUGAGGCUCUGGAUGUGGAAGGCCAGUCAAUGGAUGAUGUGGACGAUGGUCCAUAUACACCAGAGGAGAUGCCAAGUAUAGUCCACCAAGAGAAGCUACAAAAGAAACGAAGUGGCGAAGUACACAGAGGAAAGACUCUCCUGCUUCAGAAACUGGCUAAAAGGGACACAAAAGAAGAAGAAAUAGGCUGUAAAUUGCUGAAAUGGCAAAGGUUAACAGACGCAGACCCCCCCCGCUUUGUGUUAGAGAAAAUGGAUUCUCAGAAAACUGCUGAUGUUUGUGAUUUUGUGCCCUCACAGGUUGAAGGAAUAGGUAAACUUUAUGAUCUGUUAGAGGCACACCGAUCUCACCCCUCACUCCAGGGACAAGAUUGGGUGAAAAACCACUGGUUUCAACCACAGAGUGUGGUGGAUAGGAUAAGAAUCUUGCAGAAGGAAGCUAAGAUUAAGAAGGGGAAAGGAAAAGCUAUAAUCUGUGCGGUGUUGGGAGUGAGUCUGGCAGCUGCGGUGGAAGAGAGAAAGCAGAAGUCUUGUCAAACUGAUAAUGUAAUAGACUCCCUGCAGAUGGUAAUAAAAGGUCUGCAGGAACAAUUGAAAGAAAGUAAGCAAUUGUUGGAGGAGGAAAGGAACCAAAAUGUGAUAUUAAAAGAGGAAUUGAGGAAUCAACUUUUGAGAGAGGCAGAUACACAGGCGGAGGUGGAGAAAGGGAUACGGCAAAUCUACCCCCAAGGAGAUUUGCAGAGGGCAAAAGAAACUGUAGAAAGCCUCCCACAUAUGUAUCCACUGAUUAAAACAGAGUAUGUGUAUGAGGACGAUAGCGAUGACCGUCCUCAGGUUAUCACUAAAGAAGUCCCAUUUACAGCAACUGAAUUAGCAAAGCUGAAAAAAGAUUUUGCAAGGGCUGCAAAGGAAUCGGAGACAGAGUAUGUGUGGAGAGUGUCUUUGUCAGGAGGGGAUGGAAUUUUGUUGUCAGAGAAAGAAGCAGAAGGAUAUUGGGGUCCGGGUGUGUUUCUAACUACUGGCGAUCGCUGAGCCCCAUGGUCAUUGACUCAGAGAGCUGCGUAUUGGGCCGGAGGGCUGAACCCCUUGGAGAGGGGAGAUCCCCUUGCCAUAACCGGUACGGUGGAUCAGUUAGUGGAAAGUGUGCAAAAGGCAGCAUGUCUCCAGAUGAUGUAUGAUCGAGAGCUCAAGCCCCACCAGGGCUCCCCGAUGAUGAUGCCUGUGGACCCAGAGAGGAUGACUCCUCUGAUACGGGGACUUCCUGACUCUCUGAAACCCAUUGGGAUUCAAUUGCAAGGGAGGAUUCAAAACACCCCCAAUGGAGAAAGAAUUAUGGCCACUCUGGAGGGAAAAGUGUCCCCUGAUCAUCGGCAGUCAGGGAGAAAAGUAUGGACAUGGGGAGAGAUAGCUCAGGAAUUGAUUAAUUUUGGGAGAAAAUAUGGCCCCGUUGGUGGAUUGUCUCAAAGAACUGAAAACAAGAUUGUACGACGACUUAGUGGGCGGCAAUUACCCCCUGGAAAAGAGAGGCCCCUAACUCGACAGGGACUGUGGCAGCUAGGGCUUCAGAAAGGCAUUCCCCGGGACUUGAUGGACAGACUCCCGACCCAAAAAUUGGAGCAACUUGUGCAGAAUUGGAUAAUGAGUUUGUUUUGUCAGCAAAAGCUGUAA